AUGUCGACUUGCCCACUGGCGGCGCAGCUAGGGCUUGUUCCCACGCGAGGGUUUGCAGCAGCAGCAAAGAAGCGCAUCAAUAAACUUCCACGCUUGGAAGCGGUGGCAGUAGCAGCGGAGACGUCAUCUUCUGGGGAUACCACAUUCUACUCGGACACGCAGCAAAGCUUCGCCGAACUGGAGGUGUCACCAGUGCUACAGGAAGCGUUGGCGGCAUCCGGCUUCAGCAGGCCCUCGAAAAUCCAGGAGCUGACGGCUCCGCACAUCUUGCGUGGAAGGAAUGUGGUCAUAACCGCAGAGACAGGGAGCGGCAAAACGCUUUCCUACGUAAUUCCUAUCGCUCACCUAAUGCUCAAGCAGAGAGCUGCGCUGGAGCGACACCAGCAGCAACAGCUACAGGAGCCACAGCCGCAGCAGAACCUUCCAGACACAGCACCCACUGACCCUGCGCCACGUGACAGGUCCUCAGCGACGCCGCGGCGGUAUCAUGCCCUGGUCCUCUGCCCCAACGCCGCUCUGUGCCAACAAGUCGUGGCCACCGUUAAUGGACUCCAAGGGCCUGACGGCGAGCAGCUGCUAACGGCGGCACACAUCAACAGCAGCAACCCGCCGCCGUUUGAUGCGCCCGACGUUAUCGUGGCCACGCCGGCGGGGCUACUCACAAUUAUCAACGACGCGGGCGGCGCAUACGGCUGGCUUUGGAGCGAAGAAGGCAUGCAGGCCCGUGUACGGCACGUCGUAGUGGACGAGGCGGAUCUGCUGCUGGGCAAUGCGUACAUAAAGGCCACGGAGCGGAUUCUCACGCUCUUCAAAGUCGCGGACCGGCGCCGCGUGGAAGCCAAAAUCCUUGAGGAGCUGGGUCUGGCGGAUAAGUCCGACUUUGACCGGCUGCCUCGGGCGAUUAAGGUGGCCGGCUGGCAAGGCGGCGUUCCCGCGAUGCUGGCGGAAGGUUACCGGCCCAAGCGCGCGCUCAACCCAGAGGCCAAGUACGGCCCGUACUGGCGCCGGCAGUACAUUUUAUCAGCCGCUACGAUGCCCACCAUCACCUACUCGGACGUGGGGUCGCAAAUCCAGAAGAUGUAUUCAGACGCCGUGUGGGUGUCUACGGAGCUGCUCCACGUCAGCAAGCCGCAGGUGGCGCAUGCCUGGCGGGAGGUUUCCGAGGAGUCCUUUGGCGUCACGCUGUUGGACGUGGUCCGCAGCGACCCCGACUACCAGGCCCGCCGCGGCAAGACCCUCAUCUUCGCUGCGGACGGCGCUUCAGCGGACGCGGUCUCCGAGCUGCUGCACGGCGGCCAAGUGCCUCACGUGGUGUACCAUAAGAGCCGACCCAAGCCAGAGCAGUCGGCGGCGUUGCAGGCGCUGCGGCAGCAGGACGGCACGGUUAUGGUGUGCACGGAUGCAGCGGCACGAGGGCUGGACGUGCAGGGCAUCACACAUGUGGUUCAGGCGGACUUUGCGCCCAACACCAUCGACUUUUUGCAUCGCAUUGGCCGUACGGCACGUGCCGGCAAUAGCGGCCGCGCCACGUCAUUGUAUCGAGAGCACAACCGGGCGCUUGUGGAGGUGAUCCGGAAAUACAUCGCUGAGGGUAUUCCGCUGGAGGCGGCCUUCAGUCGGGCGAGGUCCUUCCGUAGAAAAUUAAAAAGGAUGGGCGGCGUGUUUGUGCCACGGGGGAUGUCCGCGUCAUCAGUCCAAGGAGGUCAGCAAUCCGCUGCCGCUGGGGAAGGCGUGACCGGGACAUCAGCAUCAGAAACGGAGGCAGCCGACGCAGCAGUGGGGGAGGUGGCCGCGGAAGGGGGGGGUGAUGAGUCGGCCGCCGGUGCCGCUGAUCGGCGCCUAUUUGCGGGUCGGUGA